CAGGCGUCAUCUUCUUUCAUGUCACUGGAUAUCUCUUAAUCACGGGUAAUCAUUGUUCACCAAACUAGGAAAAGGAAACUCGGUCAAGAGUUUCGUCUCACUUCUCUGCGUUACAGGUAGGGCUGAGUGCCUCCCUACUCACUCCACUUUGGUGUAUACUUCUGUGAAUUACGUCCUUCUUUUUGCUUUUUCAUUGAAAAAAAUAUGACCUUUAGCUCAUGUCACUUAUCUGGUUGGAGGAGAGAACUGAAAAGAAACGAGGAAAUGACCAUGAGUUUGAUUGUAAUGGGGCAACCAGUCUUAGAGAUGGACAUUUCGGCGGGAUUUUCCUUUGUGUCGCAGGAAACUGUGUUUUCGAAGCUCACUGGGUUUCCGUUGUGGUUUUCAUUGUUUAUUCUGCUUGAUCCUUCUCUUGUUCAUUUUAAGCGCAGUCCCUAUGAUCAGAAAAGACACCCUGUAGCCUCAAACACAUUUGAGAGUGCAACUAUCAUAGUCUUUUAUCUUUCCGGGAUCAGCAUAUAAAUACUAAAGACCAGCAUGACUUUUCCAGUGGUGUUUGCCUUUUUUCGCUGUAGACCAAUAUGGUAAUUCGGACACAAUAGCAUCCUCACAAACGAUUGUUGAACAACUAAGACCAUGAAUUUCUCACAUGCCACUCAUUGAUCACAUGGUUGAAUGUAAUAAGUAUUUCUUUUUGUUGCCUUGGCUAUUCAAUGUUAUCGUAGUAAUUUAUACUAAAUUGUUUACCAUUUCUUUUUCUUUUUUUUUUUUGAAAUAACUAAAUUGUUUACCUAUUAAUGAUUUCACUAAGAUAUUCAGAUUAUAUUUAGGGAGAGAUUUAGUUUUUCAUUGACAGAUUGUUUGAUGACUACUGUUGAUUUUGUUGUUUUCUGCAUUACAGAAUAAUUUUUUUUUUCUUUGAUAAUAGAGAAAUAAGAUGACGUAUUCUUGCAAAACUAUUGCCACAAUCUGCUGAUUUUUUGGUCACUAAUCUCACAUGUCCAAAUGAAGCAAUGACAGAAAAUAUGGUUCAGGAAAGAUGUACCUGGUUUGCGGGAGCAGGCAAUUUCUUUGCUUGGGAAUUUUCAAACCAGAAUUAAUCACAUUUUUUUACUUCCCAAGUGAGACCUGCAUUUUGUAAACAGAGGAUAUCCAAUUUAGAAUGUCUAGACAAACAGAAGGCAUUCUGGAGCCACUAUUUCCCUCUAGCAAAAGACGAGCUGAAUGCAGAGAACAGAGUGAAAGCAGAGAGAGAAACUAACCUUCAUCUUCCACAGCCACUCUAUUGAAGUUCGUUAAUGAACCUUCUUCCUGUCGUCACACUCUUCUGACAUUCUUAUCUCCGGUUUUGGAAGACCAUACGAUGAAAGUGCCAGAAAUCUACCUGAGAUGAACAUUGUGAAGGAUAUAUGAGAUGUAUCUAUAAAAGUCAAUGAGAUUAACUUGUUGCAUUGCCAUGCAUUUAUACAGGAGAAUUGUGGAUUAAACUAAGGAGUGAGCUUAGAAUUUUCAAACUGGUUCUUGUCACAUCCCAUACUGGCUGAGCUGUCUUAGGUUUUAGAUUCUGUGUACUUUGGAAGUAUUGAAACAGAGAAAGGGUGAAAGUGUUGCAUUCGAGGAAAGAAAACGAAAUCAGAACAAGAGAAACAACAAAGUUCUCAUUACCCCAGACAGUGGUCUUUGGAAUGUGAUGAAACAAGAUAACAUAUUAAAAGGAAAAAGUUAGAAACUUGGACUUAAACCCUGUAAUUUUCCUCCAUAAUAAGCCAAAAGUUUACUAAUCUAGGCGUUUAAGAAGAAGACAUGAGCUGGGCAUAUAUCACAUGUGUUUCUUCCCUUUGUAUAAGCCUCUUCUCUGAGUUCUGAGUCUUUAAUUCGUGAUCCAAAUUUCAUACCUUGCAAUUAACUAAUAAUAAUUUGACUUCAAAACAUAUUACAUUUCAUCAAUGAUGCAAUAACUAUACACUGAGUAGUUUAAAAUGGUAGAUGAGACUCAGAAACUGAGUUGAUAAAGGUAAUCGGUGAAAAAUAAGACUUAAACUCAGAGUCAUUAAUCUUUUAAUGAAAGUAUUAUGUCAUAUGAAUAUGGGCUCGGAUUCAUUUUACAGACUUUACAAGCCAAAUUCUUUUUUAUUUCUUGAGCCACCAAUUUAUACUUUCAUUACACCAAUAUAUAUAUACACAUACAUCCAUAUAUAUAUUAAAAAGAGAAAACGUUAUGCUGCUGACGGGGAAGGUCGAAACGUGGCGCAAAGCGGCGGGUCUGCUGGUGCAACUGCCACGCGCGCCCCCAGAUUCUUCCCUUCUCUGCCUCCUGUCACUUCCUCAAACUAAAACCCCCCACGUAUAAAACCCCACCGCUCUCACUCCCAUCGCCUUCUCCGUCCAUUUCCCUUCUCUUUCAACACAAGAUUUUUUACUGGUAAGUCAUCUUCAAUGGCACUGCGCAGUCUCGCCGCUAGAAAAACCUUAGGGUGGGCCACUACCCAGUUCAACCUCCAGGUCGUUCGUAGCGUUCAUUCUUUCACCCUCCCCGAUCUUCCUUACGACUACAGCGCGCUGGAGCCGGUGAUCAGUGCAGAGAUCAUGCAGCUGCAUCAUCAGAAGCAUCACAAAACUUACGUCACUAACUUCAACAAGGCUCUCGAGCAGCUUGAUGCCGCCCUCGCCAAUGGCGAUUCCUCCUCUGUUGUUCGCUUGCAGAACGACAUCAAAUUCAAUGGCGGAGGUCAUAUCAACCACUCAAUUUUCUGGAAGAAUCUCUCUCCUGUUCAUGAAGGGGGAGGCGAGCCACCGAAAGGUUCCCUUGGCUGGGCUGUUGACGAACAUUUUGGUUCUUUUGAAGCAUUGGUACAGAAAAUGAAUGCUGAAGGUGCUCUGUUGCAGGGUUCUGGAUGGGUGUGGCUCGGGUUGGACAAGGACUUGAAGAGGCUCGUGGUUGAAACAACAGCAAAUCAGGACCCACUAGUAUCUAAGGGAGCGCAUUUGGUUCCUUUGCUUGGGUUAGAUGUUUGGGAGCAUGCCUAUUAUUUACAGUACAAGAAUGAGAAGGCAAAUUACUUGAAGAACAUAUGGAAUGUGGUUAACUGGAAAUAUUCAAGCGAACUGUAUGAGAAAGAAUGUUCUUGAAAUCCAUCGUAAGACUAGAUUAGUGAUGUGGGAAUUGUCGGAAAUUCCAGUUUACCGACGAGUUUGCUUAUGUUGUGGGAAUUCCAGUUUACCCAACAGAGUGUUCUUUUUACUGUGUAUGCUAUGUAAAAAAAAAUGUUGAACUGGGUGUUCUCUUGAACCACCAUGCAGGCUAAGGUCUUUUUAUAAUUUGCAAACUUGUUGCUCUCUUGGAUCUCCAUGUUUAAACUACCAGAUUGAAGCAUGUUUUGGUUUCUGA